GAAUGAGCGGGAGCGGCUAGAAUGUGCUGCUAUCAGAUAUCCUUUGACAGUCAUGCAUGCUUGUUCUCGGUCCCGUGCGUCACAUCUGCAUUAGAACACGCCCCUUCCAAGCGCUUGUUGAAUAGGAAUGACAAGGAAACAUGACAAGCGCUGAAGACGAAUCUCAUAUACUGUUAUAACCGCGCGCGUUCACGCCGCCGCGUCAUUUGAAUGCCGCUCCACCGCUUUAAAUCUGAACGGAGCCACGGGGAAAGCCGCUUGGGACGCAGCCAAAAAUUACCACCGAGAGGAGAAACCCAGCCCUGCUUCGAUUACGCACCGAGAGAGGGAGCACGCUGAUAGUGACAGCGGUGCUUCAACAGCUAAACUCAUCUGUGAUCAACCGUGCGAUACUUGCUCCGUUGUCUGCCGUGCAGCCUCGGAGGAUGUAGAGAUCGGCCUGCUGUCUCGGGCAUGUUCGGUUUAACGGGACUCGUCGCCAGCGGCUCGACAACGCUGUGUUUGAACAGGCAAUGCCUUCCUUACGCAAACUACAACAGCCUCACGCGUGUGUCAGCGAUUCGUCGUUUUACUUAUCUACACGUGUGUUGAUAGUUUAAAAUGCCUAGGUUUUGAUUUAAAUACUUUUAUACGAACGGAAAAUAGCAUAUUGGGCUGGGAGGAGCAAUAAGGAGCAGCUCUAUCUACUCUUCGGCUUCCAGGUUUUUUUUUGAUGGAGCUGGAGAAUAUUGUUGCAAACACGGUACUCCUGAAGGCACGAGAGGGCGGAGGAGGAAAACGGAAAGGAAGAAGUAAAAAAUGGAGGGAGAUCCUUCGUUUCCCUCAUAUCAGUCAGUGCACAGAGUUGAGCAAAACCAUCGAGCGGGACUAUGUCAGCCUGUGUGACAAGCAGCCCAUCGGGGGACUUCUGUUCCGCCUCUACUGUGAGACGCGACCAGAGCUGCAGCGAUGCAUCCAGCUCCUGGACGCCAUGGAGGACUACGAGGUGACACCCGAUGAGAAGAGGAAGAGUCGAGGAGAUGAGAUCAUCAAGAAGUUUCUCACCAAGCAGUCCUCUGAGUGUGUAGAUGUAGCUGAAGGUCUUGCUGAAAGUUGCAGAGAAAAUCUAGAACUGAGCCCCUGCAAGGAGAUCUUCAGUGACUGUCGCAAAGCUCUUCAUGACUACUUAAGUGGUGCUCCUUUUGCUGACUAUCAGAACAGCAUGUACUUCGACCGCUUCCUCCAAUGGAAAAUGCUAGAAAGACAAUCCGUCACAAAAGACACGUUUCGGCAGUAUAGAGUUCUGGGGAAAGGAGGCUUUGGAGAGGUGUGUGCGUGCCAGGUGAGAGCCACGGGAAAAAUGUAUGCUUGUAAAAAGCUGGAGAAGAAAAGGAUAAAGAAGAGGAAGGGGGAGGCCAUGGCUCUAAAUGAGAAACAGAUUCUGGAGAAGGUCAACAGCAGGUUUGUGGUUAGUUUAGCGUACACGUAUGAGACCAAAGAUGCCCUGUGUCUGGUGCUGACCAUAAUGAACGGUGGUGAUCUGAAGUUUCACAUCUAUAACAUGGGAACCCCAGGCUUCGAGAAGGAGCGUGUGCAGUUCUACUCCGCUGAGAUCUGCUGCGGUCUCGAGCACCUGCACAGAGAGUCUAUCGUCUACAGGGAUCUAAAACCAGAGAAUAUACUAUUAGAUGAUAAUGGACAUAUCCGGAUCUCAGACCUGGGUCUGGCCAUUAAAGUGCCUGAUGGAGAACCGAUUCGUGGCCGAGUGGGGACCGUGGGCUACAUGGCUCCAGAGGUGAUCAAUAACGAGCGCUAUGGCAUGAGUCCGGACUGGUGGGGAUUGGGUUGUCUGAUCUAUGAGAUGACCGCCGGCCGAUCGCCUUUCCGCGCUCGCAAAGAACGAGUGAAGAGAGAAGAGGUGGAGAAGAGGGUGCAGGAGGAAGAGGAGGAGUACAGCGACAAGUUUACAGAAGACACCAAAGGCAUCUGCAGGAUGCUGCUAGCCAAAGAUCCCAAGCAGAGGCUUGGCUGCCAGGCGGACGGGGGUGCUGGAGUCAAAGCCCACCCCUUCUUCAAGAACAUCAACUUCAAGAGGCUAGAAGCCGGCAUUCUGGAACCUUCCUUUGUGCCUGAUCCCAGGGCGGUCUACUGUAAAGAUGUUCUGGACAUUGAGCAGUUCUCCACCGUUAAGGGUGUCAACCUGGACCAAACAGACAAUGAUUUCUACUCCAAGUUUGCCACUGGCAGUGUCUCUAUCCCAUGGCAAACUGAGAUGAUCGAGACGGAGUGCUUCAGUGACCUUAAUGUAUUCGGGCCUCAGGGAACGCGGCCCCCUGACCUGGAUUGGAACCAGCCUCCCGAGCCUCCUCGGCGUAGCCUGCUGGACAGGAUCUUUAGGAGACAUCAUCCAGAGGUGACCAUCGCUCAAAGCCGGGUCUCGUCUUCCAGUGUCAACUCUGUUGACUCCAUGACAAACUCUGCCCCCUAGUGGACAGACUGCUGCGGGACCACAGGAAACAAAAGAAAGUGAGUGAUAAACAGAGGAAAGAAUGAGAGUGAGGAACUCCUCCUGCCCUUUAAAGACCGGACAGAACGUGGAAGAGUGUUUUCCUUGCCUUGGCCCACAUUAUCCAUCCACUGCCCGCUGAGAGGACAGGAGACGAAACAAGCUCCCGUUUUUGUGACAGAAAGGAGAACAUUUAUUCCUUCACCUCACGCUCCCUCAGGAUUGCUGGAACAGUAAAGAGCCACUGACAAAUGACACAAUAUUAACUCAUAUUAUUCAGGGGAUUUUAUCGACAAAGAAAGGCCUCCACAGGGAACGGGAAGGGGGCUUUUUAAAUGUUCUUUUGCAAAGGAAAGCUAAUAUAGUGAACUUAAGAGACUACACACGCACUCACAAACACACACACUCACUCUGUCUCUCAUUUCCUCCUCCAUCCCUCUUAUAAUAGGCCUACUUACCUACCCAUUUUUUCUUUUCUUUCCAUCUACACAUAACAUCUCCAACCUCAACCUAAAAUGUGCAUUGCCUUGCAUACUCUCAGGCCAAAGAUGGGGCUUUUUAACAAGAAGACACGUAUUUGAGUAGCUGUUGCCAUAAUUCGCUUCAGAGAGUGACGAAAGGCCUAAAAGCACAAGGAAAUAGGAGCUCGGUGAAGCUGUACAUUGUUCCCUCCCUAUUUAAUUUCCAAAUUAUGUAAUAGCACUGAAAAACAAACUCACUCUGGCAGUUUCAGCCUCUUCCAGUCCACCGAAAGGGAUAGUUCACCCAAAAAUGAACAUUUUGUCAUGUUUACAUCCUCAUCUCUGUCUGAACCUGUAUGACUUUCCUUUUUCUGGUGAACAUAAAAGAAGAUAUUUUGAAGAAUGUUGGUAACCAAACAGUUUCGGUUCCCAUUGACUUCCAUUGUUUCUUUUGUCCAGUUAAUGGGAACCGAAACUAAGUUACCAACAUUCUUCAAAAUAUCUUCUUUUAUGUUCACUAGGAGAAGGAAAGCGAUACAGGAUCUGGAACGACAUGCAAAUGAUGACAAGAAAAGGUCAUUUUUAGGUGGAUUGACCUAAGUCUGUUUUCUUAAAUCUCAUCUGCUCUGUGUGGCAGGCACAACUUGGUCUACAAACAUGAGCUAAAAGCAUCUCUGUAUGGUCACUUCCUUUGUGCUUAAAGGCUGUUGGGCUAUGGUGAAAGGCGGAGCUAUAUGAGUGGGCGUGGCCUUUGGGUAGGUAGGCUGUCUACCAGCAGAUACAUAGCCAAUCACAGCACAAGAAGUCAGUCAGGGAGUCCUUCUCAUCUCAUCACAUUAUACAUAAGUGGAUCAUUAAACAAAUUUACAGAAAAUGAAGGACUGAAACGGUUUAUUACUCAAGUUUUCAUAGGCAAAUUGGCGUUAAUUCGAGGACAUUAAUUGACUCUUAAACAUAAGCUACUUAGAUUUUUGCUGAUGUGUAAAACAGUUUAAAAUGUGUUAAAUUUAUAUUGUUGCAAGCUCCAAGAGGAGAUGGUAUGAACCACCUAAUCAUCAUAAUCACUGAAGGAUCGCCACAUUUGAGCAUUUAUACAUUUUAGGACAGCAAAACCGCUUUUCUUCCAGAUUUGGUGUGUAAAUAUGCCUUCAUUUCAUCCGAUGUCAACCACUACUAGACUGAAACUGGCAAAACUUCACUUCAGCAUUUACACACGCGCACCAUAAUACACCAAACUCAUUCACUUCCAUACCUCAGCAGCUGUUUUCUCUUAUUUAUACAGUUUCCAAUCAGAUGCCAGCUGGUAGGAAGACAUUUCAUCCAUCUUUCCCAGCUGUGCAUGUAGAGCUACUCAUUUAAAAAGUGUGCAGGAUUUCAGUUGUAUAGACAUCACAGGAAUCCAAAACAUACAUCCCGUCCAUAGAGAAUACGUGAUGGUUUUGUAGUGUUUCUUAAUGAAUGGAUAGUUUUUCAGUAACCAAACGGUGCGAUUCAAGAAGGAACAGAAAACGAAUCUCAACCUCAUAAUCUUGCAUUUACAAUACCAUUCCAAGGUUUUUAUACGCCUCCGCAUUCAUUAGCGCAUCUCAAGACAAAUCAAGUAUAUUAAAACAGUGACUUGAAGCUAUUUCACGAGUACGUAUGCUAAGUACCAUGUCAUUUCCAAUCAUUAAACUGAUGUGUGUUUACCAAA